CUCCCGGGCGGCGUUGCCGGGCGACGGAGGCGCGGGGCCCUGACGUCAAGGCCCGAUGGCCGCCCGCCCGCCCGGCGGCAUGGAGGCGGCAGGGACGGGGCCAGGCCGCGGGCAGCGCUGAGAUGGAUCUCAAGGGCCAGUACUGGACGGACGAUGACUCCGACGGGGACAAUGAGUCCGAGGAGUUCCUCUACGGGGUGCAGGGGACAUGUGCUGCCGACCUGUACCGGCACCCACAGCUGGACGCCGACAUUGAGGCCGUGAAGGAGAUCUACAGCGAGAAUGCCGUGUCCGUCAGGGAGUAUGGGACCAUUGACGACGUGGACAUCGACCUCCACGUGAACAUCAGCUUCCUCGAUGAGGAGGUGGCGACAGCCUGGAAGGUGCUUCGGACAGAGCCCAUCGUCCUGCGCCUGCGCUUCUCCCUCUCCCAGUACCUCGAUGGCCCCGAACCAUCCAUCGAGGUCUUCCAGCCGUCCAACAAGGAGGGCUUCGGGCUGGGGCUGCAGCUGAAGAAGAUCCUGGGCAUGUUCACAUCACAGCAAUGGAAGCAUCUCAGCAACGACUUCCUGAAGACCCAGCAAGAGAAGCGGCACAGCUGGUUCAAAACGAGUGGUACCAUCAAGAAGUUCCGAGCCGGCCUCAGCAUCUUCUCCCCCAUCCCCAAGUCGCCCAGCUUCCCCGUCAUCCCGGACUCGGUGCUGAAGGGCAAGCUGGGCGCUCCCGAGGUGCGCGUCAACCGCCUGAUGAACCGCUCCGUCUCCUGCACGGUGAAGAACCCCAAGGGGGAAGUGUUUGGCUACGCCCCCAGCACCCAGGCAGGUGUCGCCCCCUUCAACAUCCUGGUUGGUGGCCACUGUAAGAACGUCCCCACGCUGGAAUACGGCUUCCUCGUCCAGAUCAUGAAGUACGCAGAGCAGCGCAUCCCAACACUCAAUGAGUACUGCGUGGUGUGUGACGAGCAGCACGUCUUCCAGAACGGCUCCAUGCUCAAGCCAGCUGUGUGCACCCGCGAGCUGUGCGUCUUCUCCUUCUACACCCUGGGCGUGAUGUCUGGUGCAGCAGAAGAGGUGGCCACAGGCGCUGAGGUGGUGGACCUGCUGGUGGCCAUGUGCCGUGCCGCACUGGAGUCCCCCCGCAAAAGCAUCAUCUUUGAGCCUUACCCCUCUGUGGUGGACCCCAACGACCCCAAAACACUUGCCUUCAACCCCAAGAAGAAGAACUACGAGCGGCUGCAGAAGGCGCUGGACAGCGUGAUGUCCAUCCGGGAGAUGACCCAGGGCUCCUAUCUGGAGAUCAAGAAGCAGAUGGACAAGCUGGACCCGCUGGCACAUCCCCUUCUGCAGUGGAUCAUCUCCAGCAACAGAUCCCACAUUGUCAAGCUGCCACUCAGCAGGCAGCUGAAGUUCAUGCACACCUCGCACCAGUUUCUCCUGCUGAGCAGCCCCCCAGCCAAGGAGGCCCGAUUCCGCACCGCCAAGAAGCUCUACGGCAGCACUUUCGCUUUCCAUGGCUCUCACAUUGAGAACUGGCACUCCAUUCUGCGCAACGGGCUGGUCAACGCGUCCUACACCAAGCUGCAGGUACUGCUCGCCGAUGCCGGUUUUGGAUCCGGGCAGGUGGGGAGGGAUGUGGGCAGCCCCAGGGGUGCUGUGGCCGUGCCUCAUGCCCAGGCUGCCGCGGGUGCCACGUUGCUCACCCCGGUGUUUUCCUGCAAGCUGCAUGGAGCAGCCUAUGGCAAGGGCAUCUAUCUGAGCCCCAUCUCCAGUAUUUCCUUUGGAUACUCAGGGAUGGGGAAAGGGCAGCACCGGAUGCCUUCAAAGGACGAGCUGGUGCAGAGGUACAACCGGAUGAACACCAUCCCCCAGACCCGCUCCAUCCAGUCCCGCUUCCUCCAGAGCCGUAACCUGAACUGCAUCGCGCUUUGCGAAGUCAUCACCUCCAAGGACCUGCAGAAGCACGGCAACAUCUGGGUCUGCCCCGUCUCGGACCACGUCUGCACCCGCUUCUUCUUUGUGUGAGUGCCAGCGCUGUCCCCACGUUCACGCCCACCCUGCGGGCACCGCUAACGCUUUUCCCUCCAGGUACGAAGACGGCCAAGUGGGAGACGCCAAUAUCAAUACUCAGGACCCCAAAAUCCAGAAGGAGAUCAUGCGUGUGAUCGGGACUCAGGUGUACACAAACUGAGCAGCGGGGACCCCACUGCGGGGUGCUGAGCGACGGCCCCGGCUGAGGGCGGGCGCACGGGGUUGGCAGCGAGCGGUGACGUGCGGGGACACCGGCGGGCGGCAGCGGGGCCGCAGCUCCUCCCUGUACAGAGACGAGCAGCGGGGAGCAGGUUGCAAGUUCCCUUGUCCCCCCCACCCCGUCCCUGACCCCGCGCUGGUGGCUGUCCCUGCUCGCGUUUGUGGCGAUGGCGUUUUUAUUGAUGAGAAACUGAAGCAAAAAAAACCCAACAGAACACACG